GGAGGAAACCGGUUGAGCCACAAUGGAGAUGUUUUCUUCCCGUGACUGUCCGGUGCCUGGCAGGUGAUUAGCACAGGAAGCUCCUCCUCUGGCUGCUACGUUAGAGACAAACCUGGAGAACUGUAUAUUUAGAUAAGGGAUUCUGCAGGACAGAAGCAAUCAAGAUGGAUACCUCAAAACUCCCCAAGAUCCAGGAUGAGGAUCGAGAGAGCCAGUUCGGAUACGUGCAUGGUGUCUCUGGACCAGUGGUGACAGCUACUGCGAUGGCAGGAGCAGCCAUGUAUGAGCUGGUUCGCGUCGGUCACAGUGAGCUGGUGGGAGAAAUCAUUCGUUUAGAGGGAGACAUGGCAACUAUCCAGGUCUAUGAGGAGACGUCUGGAGUGUCCGUCGGUGACCCUGUCCUUCGGACAGGGAAACCCCUCUCUGUUGAGCUGGGACCAGGAAUCAUGGGCUCCAUCUUUGAUGGUAUUCAGCGUCCACUAAAAGACAUCAAUGACCUCACUCAAAGUAUCUACAUCCCAAGAGGAGUAAACAUUGGUGCUCUUAACAGAGACAUCAAAUGGGAGUUCACGCCCAGUCAGAGUCUUCGGGUUGGCAGCCACGUGACAGGCGGCGACAUCUACGGCAUGGUGAAUGAAAACUCUUUAAUAAGGCACAAGCUGAUGCUUCCACCGCGCAACAGAGGCACCGUCACCUACCUCGCCCCGCCUGGAAACUACGACGUCACUGAUGUGGUUCUGGAGCUCGAAUUUGAAGGCGUGAAGGAGAAGUUCACCACGUUGCAGGUGUGGCCAGUGCGACAAAUCCGGCCGGUCACAGAGAAGCUUCCUGCUAAUCAUCCACUGCUGACUGGACAGAGAGUUCUGGACGCACUUUUCCCUUGUGUGCAGGGCGGCACCACUGCUAUACCAGGAGCCUUCGGAUGUGGAAAGACGGUGAUCUCGCAGUCCUUGUCCAAGUACUCCAACAGCGAUGUCAUUAUCUACGUUGGCUGUGGAGAGCGUGGAAAUGAAAUGUCUGAAGUGCUGCGGGAUUUCCCUGAGCUUACCAUGGAGGUUGACGGUAAGGUGGAGAGCAUCAUGAAGAGAACAGCGCUGGUUGCUAACACAUCCAAUAUGCCUGUGGCUGCCAGAGAGGCCUCAAUUUAUACAGGUAUCACACUGUCCGAAUACUUCAGAGACAUGGGCUAUAAUGUGAGCAUGAUGGCCGACUCGACAUCUCGAUGGGCUGAAGCUCUGAGAGAAAUCUCUGGAAGAUUAGCAGAAAUGCCUGCUGACAGUGGGUACCCUGCCUACCUGGGCGCCAGGCUCGCUUCCUUCUACGAGCGCGCAGGUCGCGUGAAGUGCCUGGGAAAUCCUGAGAGAGAGGGCAGCGUCAGCAUUGUGGGAGCUGUGUCACCCCCUGGUGGAGAUUUCUCAGACCCUGUCACUUCAGCCACAUUGGGUAUUGUUCAGGUGUUCUGGGGUUUGGACAAGAAGCUGGCUCAGCGAAAGCACUUCCCCUCUGUAAACUGGCUGAUCAGCUACAGCAAGUACACACGAGCUCUGGAUGAAUAUUACGACAAACAUUUCCCCGAGUUUGUUCCUCUCCGCACAAAAGCCAAGGAGAUUCUCCAGGAGGAGGAGGACCUGGCAGAAAUCGUGCAGCUCGUCGGCAAGGCUUCUCUCGCUGAGACCGACAAGAUCACUCUAGAAGUUGCCAAGCUCAUUAAAGAUGACUUCCUGCAGCAGAAUGGUUACACCCCCUACGACAGGUUCUGUCCUUUCUACAAAACUGUUGGCAUCCUCUCAAACAUGAUCGCUUUUUACGACAUGGCCCGACACGCCGUGGAGACCACGGCGCAGAGCGACAACAAGAUCACCUGGGCCAUGAUCAGGGAGCACAUGGGAGAGACGCUGUACAAAAUCAGCUCCAUGAAGUUCAAGGACCCUGUCAAGGACGGAGAAGCUAAGAUCAAAGCAGAGUUCGCCCAGCUGCUGGAGGACAUGCAGAACUCCUUCCGGACCCUGGAGGAAUGAGCCGUCUCAGCUCCUCGCCCAAACAUCCAAACCCCAGUGCAGUGCAACAUAGUGCAGAUUAAAUGGCCCGUGUUCUGAAUGUCUGCCUCAGUCAUGUGAACUCCUCUUAUCCUUCGAUGUUUACGUCCCCUUGAACAUUCCACGACCUGCACAAAUGUCCAUUUUAAAUUGUUUGAUUUUUCCCUCGUCAGUACUGGAAUCCCCUGAAACACCUGAAGACGUGGUUUGCUCUGCAGACGCGGCAUCUUCACUCAGCCCCUCGCGUAGCACUUAGAGAUCACUACCCCAACAUGUUGUGGUUGCAAUCAGCGGGCCCCGAUCAGGUGCUGCACUUGCACUUAACAAAUAGCUGCGACGAAGAGUGUAAAGUUUUCUUUCCCCCGCCCAGAUGUGACGGUGAUCAAUACAGAUUAUAAAUCAAAUGGGAACAUGCACAUGGGUAAAGGGACAGAUGCACCGAGUCGCUGUUUAUCAGGGGGGUUAAAGGCAUUUUCUUCCACCUCUUACCUCUUCAGUGUGAUCGUGAUGUUGUGGACUAUAUACUUGAUAUUACGUGUAAAAUUGUGAAUGAAUGAUUCUGUUAGAGUCGUGUUGUAACAGAUGUCUCACUAUUAUAUUCAUUGUACGUUACAUGUCUCCUGAAAUAAAUGUAAAGAAAUUAUGAAAGUUAAACAUGUGGACGUCUGACAGCUCUCUCUAAAAUUACUUUCUCCCAGUCGAUGGGAGAUGUAUUUUCCUGUAACUCAUGAGCACACGUUCAGUGAUAGACUUUCACCUCAAGGUGGCGCACACAUGUUGGUUGAAUAAAGCGGGCUGAGGGGAAAAGA